CAGGGAGAGUAAAUGAAGGAAAGUUUUUAUUAAAUUAUGAAAUUAGCUUCUGACUUCAUAUAAAAGAAAAGAAAAAUAUUUAACAAAAUAUGAGCAGAAUCUUAAACUCAUAUAGGUAAUAAAGCCAACGAGAAUCUCCAAUAAUAAAUACUCCCUCUGUCCCAAAAUGUUCCCCACAUUUCGAACAACGUGCAAAAUAUCAUUUUUAAUAGCAUUUUAUUUACAAAUUGGUAGAGAAAUAAAAGGUAUAAAUUACACUGUUCAAAAGUACAUCAAAAGUUCUACAAAACAAGAUGCAACAAGAAUAUUUUAUUUUAUCAAAUGGUCACCGAAAACGAGUAAACAAACAAAAGUUAUCGAGAGGUCGAAAUAGUAACCGUGGCAAUCUUUUUGAAAUGGAGAAAGUAUUGAAUAACUUUGUGGAUAACUCCUACAAAUAAUGAGCGUCACUAUUUAUAAAAGCCGAAUAACUACUAAUCCAUAAAAUUUAGGCCCACUACCACAUUACCUAGUAACUAUUCCUAGACUUUAGACUCACUACCACAUUACUUAGCAACUAGUCCUAGAAUUUAGGCCCCUUGCACAUUAUUUAAUACUACGUACUUAGUAACUAUCAUACUUAAAAUAAAACAUUGGACGUAAUAAAAAUAUUAAUACUCCUUCCGUCCAAAAAUAACUUUCCCAAUUUGACUUUACACGCACUCUAAGAAAAAGUAAAAAUUGUGUUGACUUUCCCAUAAUGCCCCUCUACUUUUCUUCACAGCCCCAUCCAUGUUUCCCCGUCAUCCUUGUCUUCUGUCUUCGUCACUUCUUUCCUCGCCACCACGAUUUUCCAUCCUCGGCGCUUUCGUCCUCCAUCCUUGCCACCUUCGUCAAUUUCAUUCUGUCUACAGCUUCAUAUCUUCAUCGAUGUUGCUCCCCAUCAAGCACCUCAAUCAAAUCUCCUUCGUACGUUGUUAGAUCUUUACCAGUCAGAUCUUGAGGAUGACGAAGAUGGUGAGGGCGGCGUGGGAUGAUGGCAACACCAAGGUCGGCGGCUGUUUACAUUUGUCGAAGUUGUUGCUUAGAUCUUCAACAGUUAGAUCUUGGUACAUCUAAGAAGAACAUGAGCGCGGGGGGUUGAAUUGGAGAAGAAGAGGAAGUUGGGGUGUGGGUGGAAUCAAAGAAGAAGAAAAAGCUGAGUCUUAGAUCUUGGUAGAUCUAAUAAGAAUAUGAUGGCGUGGGGUGGGGUGGAAUCAGAGAAGAAGAGGAAUGUUGGGUGGGAAGGAAUCGAGAAAAAAAAGAAGUUAGGGUGAUGGUGAAAUCAAAGAAGAAGAAAGGGCAUGGUCGCAUGGAUUGAAUUGAAGGUCUAGAAAUAAGUCAUUUAAUAUAAAAUGAUUUGCCAAAAUAGGAAACGGGAAGAAAAGUUUUGGGAGGCCCAAAAAGGAAAGUGAGAAAGAAACUUUUGGAUGGAGGGAGUAACAUAAAACAACAGCACAAAUGGCUCUCUAUCAUUAUCCCCUCCUUCAAAAUUUGUCUUGUCCUCAAGGCAAAACCUAGACAAUAGCUUCUCUGUAUAUCUGGAGGUUUCGGUAGAGGUGGUAGGAAGACAAUAAAAUGAAAAAAUCCAAUUAAAGUAGUGGUGCUUCGAAAAGGGUCCAAAUGUGACAUAACAGCUUCAUGGAUAAAUCGAUGCCAGAUGCCCCUAUCCAAGGGUUCAUGAAGCUUUGUCAUUGAUGUUGUAGAAUUUUGCAGGAUGGUGUUGACACAUAUAUAAGAGGUUUGUAACCCCAAACUCGAGGCAUUCUCAUCUGCACUUGCAAUAAGAAUCAUGGCUCUUUCUAUAGCCAAUUCUGAAGGUGAGAAUGGAGAGGUUUGAGAGCGACAACCAAUAUGAAUCAUACCAUCAUAUUGGAACAACCUCAACUCGAAUUGCCGUUUCCGAUUGCCAUCAACGAGAAACGUUCUAGUCAGGGUCGUGGAGGGGCAAUGUGACGACAACCAUAGUUAUCACGGCAUCGCCUAGGCAGCGACUAGGCGUCCAAACACUGAGAGAAGAACGUCAUGGUCAUUCGCCUCCCCAUAUCUCUUCCUGGUGUUGCCUUGGCAUGGUUUAGGUGGCCAGUCCGUCGGCAAAGCACGCAUAGCGACUGAGAAGGGUGGCUAAUCUAUGGCCGCCGGAUUUGAGAUCUGAAAAUCCGAGUGCGUCGCCACCAUUGGAACAUAGAUCUGUUGCCGCCGUGCCAGAGGGAAGUAGAUCUUUGAUCUUCCACCGUCGGUGUCGUUGAUGGUGCAGGCAUUUGUCGCUGCCAGAUUCAGCGUUCUGUUACCUACCCAACUCCUCUUCGUCAUUAUCUUUAUUCAUCAAUUAAGUAAUUAAUUAAUACUUUUAACAAAUAUUGUUCAAUUCUAUUACAAUCGGUUUUGUUAAAAAGGGUAUGGAUCUAGAAGUAGAAUUAAUAAAUUUGUGUACCUUAUUUUGUUUAAAAGAAACAUUAGGUAUCUUGAGUAUGAAGUUUGUACUCUAGGAAUAACAAUAUCUUACUCCCUCCGUCCAUAAAAUAACUUCCCGGUUUGACCAGCUACGCAAAUUUAUGCAAGUUAAAAAUGACAUUGACUUCCCCAAAAUACCCUUCCCCCAUCCCUCAAUCAACCACACAACAAUGGCAAUUCUUUUCGCCCUCCAUCAAAAAUACAGAACAAAGGUGCGAAUUUAUCGAUCAUCCUCAACAACAAAUGAGUUGCCUCACUCAUAUACAUACUCCUUCGCAAAUGACUAAACAACCAUGACAGUAAUUUUACAUUUUUUGUUCCUCCAUAAAUAACAAAGCAACCAUGACAGUCCUUUUACAUUAUUUGUUUAUCUCCAGUUCCCAAUUUCAGUCCAUCGAUGAUGACUCUCACUGAGUCAUUGUUGUAAAUCUGAAGGAGGUAAAGCCAAUGUUGUUUAGAUUCAAUGGAGAUCUAGUAGAGAUGAAUUUGGGGUUGUUCAGAUCUAACAUGGAUGAGGCGCAAUCAAUCAAAUCCCAACAGAGAUAAGACGGCUUUGUUCUGAUUCGACAGAGGUGGUGCAGCUCCGGCAAGAUCCAGCGAGAUCCGGCACUCCUACUCUGGUGUAAUACAAGGUGGUGCAGUGGGGACAUGAAAGAAGGUUUAAA